CGUCAAAUCCAUAAAAACUAAAACCAUAUAUUGGAUUCUCGUAGAUAAUUUAUUUAAAGAACCCAACGGGAAAAAAUAUCUAAAUUCAAAAUUCAACUUUUCAGAAGAAGAUUGGAAACACAUUUUUACAUUACCUUUUAAGACGGUUCGAGAACCGAGAAUACAAUGCCUUCAAUACAAACUUGUUUUAAACGUUACACCAAAUAACCAAUUUUUAACUCGAAAGAAAAUAAAAAAUUCAAAUUUAUGCGACUUUUGUAAAAACGAUAAAAUAGAUGAUACGAUACACUUCUUCAUAGAGUGCCCAAACUCUUCCAAGAUUUGGGAUGACUUUAAAAAAAUUUUCAAUAUUGAUCUUACAAUUAAAGACAUAAUUGUCGGGAAAUUAGAUCAAGAACGCGACCACACUUCAAAAGCAAUUAAUUUUUGCAUAUUGUAUAUAAAAAGCUUAAUACAUAAAUCAAGACUUGUUAAUACUAAAAUAACAUUUAUGCAAAUAAAAGAAAUCCUAAAAUACAAAAUCAAUGACGAACGAAAUAUUGCAAACUUAAAUGGCACACUGGAAAGUUUCGGCGAGACUUGGAGAUGGGUUAUAGAUAGAUUAAACCAACAGCAUUGAAUUUUUUGUUUUACUUUAUACCCUUUUAUAUUAAAAUAUUGUCAGCACAAUACGAUUGAAAGAUAAUCGUAUUGCAUGUAUUGUAUUUUCAAAUGGUACCCUUUUAAAUUAAGUUAAAUUAAAUACUCUGAAUGGAGAUGGUCUGAAAAGCUUAAAACAUAUAAUUGUUAAAUAUAAAUAUGUAAUAAUAUUAUUGAAUAUUCA